AUGUCAUCCACUUAUAAAAAAUUGGGAAUUGAAUUUAAACCAUUCACCAAAGAUCAAAUCUCUGACUCAAUAGCUUAAAUUCAGUCUAUGAGAUUGGAGUAGAUUCUUGUUGGUGAGAGCGAAUAAUUUGAUUGGAAUAAUUUGCUUUAAAAGCCAGAAUUAGUUGAUUGUGUCAAUUUAGAUUAAAUUUAACCAGAUCUAGAUGAAAAUAAACCAGCUGGAAAAUUUAGUGCAAAGAAGACAUUGUUUUUAUUCAAAAUUGAUGAUCCAUUUAGAAGAAGCGUUACCUCAUUUUUAAACAAUAAGUAAAACAAGUUCUAUUAUUAGAGCCUUAAGUAAUUUUAUAAUACUAAUUACAAUACUAAACAUAGUUGCCUAUUCUAUUCCUUAAAGUAAGAUUUCUAUAGGAAUAGAAGUGGUUUGCAAUAUAUUCUUUGGGAUUGAAAUAAUUCUGAGAGUCAUUUCUUAAGGGUUGUUAUUUGAGGAAAACACUUACCUUAAGGAUAAGUGGAAUUGCAUCCAUUUUAUUUCAUUUAUUUUUGGUUGGUUAAUACUAGUAGAAUAUGAUCAUCUUGGCUUGAAGAUUUUGAAAUCAGUUAGAUUAUUAAGAGUUAUUCGUCUCCCUGAAGAAAUACCCCCUUUAAAAAUCUAAUUGGAAGCAUAUAUUAGUAGUUUUUCUAAGUUGGGAAUAGUAAUCGUACCAUUUAUAUUUUUUUUGCUUUACUUCAGUGUGAUAGGAUUACAUUUUUUUAUGGGACUGACUUCAAUGAGAUGUAGAAUAACUCCUGAACCAGAACAUGGCAAAUGGGAAGCUUCAGAAGAAAUACCAUAUUUAUGUGGUAUCUAUGAAUGUCCUGAGCACUUGACUUGUGGCAGUCCAUACCAAUAUGGUUUAGAAUGGGAUUAAAAGGAAAAUGAUUCUGAAGAGUUUAUGUGGAAUUUUUUAAGAUUUGACAAUUUACCUAACUCCUUAUUAGUAAUUUUUACUUAUUUUUGUUUAAUUGGGUGGUCAGAGACCAAUUAUAUGGUAAUUAAUAUCGUUUUUAUGUUUUAGUUUUGGAAAGCAAUGACUACAUAUUUUACAGCUGGCUUCUUUCUUUUAGUAUUGGUUUUCUUGGCCUUUAUCUUUUCAAAUUUAUUGCUUGCUACUUUUUAUGAAUCUUUUAUAGUAAAAUCUUCUAUAAAGAAUUCUCAUUAAAAAGUUAAGAAAUAGCAAUAAUAAAUUGAAACAGAAAUCAAUCAAAAAAAACAAUAGUAAAUGACUGAUCGACUAGCACUUAUGAGUAAAAAAAGAAAAAGUAUGAAAUAAGAAUAAGUAUAAAACACAAACUUCACAUUAUUCUUUUAAGAUCAAUAAUAAACUGAUUUCAAAAAAGGUAUCUCAUUUACUAACAUCUCAAAUGAACUAUCUGAGUCAAUAUACUUCGCAUUUCUCAAUAACUUGGUAAUUAUCUUAUGCACAUUAUCAAUAGUGAUUGAUUAUGAUGGUAUAGAUAAAAGCAUUCUUGUAAAAUUAUAAAUCAUAGAGUUUGUAUGUACACUUUAUUUUUAUUUUGAAUUGUCGAUUUUCUUUUUUGCAAAAGGAAUAAAGAACUAUUUUAAAAAAGCAGUAAACUACCUAGACUUUUUUGCCAUUACAUCAUAAAUAAUAUUAUUUUGUAUUUUGUAUAUUUUGGAUGAGAAUGUGAUUGUAAAUGAAAAUAGAACUAUUCAAGUUUUCAAGGCUAUAAAGUUGAUCAGAGUAAUCAAAUUUUCAUAUUCGGCCAAAAUCUUUUACCAUAUCAGCAUUUUGACUAGAGCUGCCAUUCAAACGAUAGCCAAACUCAAAUCAAUAAUUUCUUUAUGGAUCAUAUUUGCUAUAUUUCUAGCACUAGUGGGGAAUGCUUGGUUGGAAGAGCAAUUAUCUGAACAUGAAACUCCAAUUCAUUAUAACGAUUUUAGUAAUUCAUUAAUGGCAGCAUUCAGCAUCUUCUACAAUGAAGAAUGGCAUCUAACUAUGUAUAGAUAUGGAAGAGUCACUCCAAUAUCAUUUAUUUACCAUAUCAUAUCUAUUUUAUUAGGAUAAGUCAUCUUCAUUAAAUUAUUAUCAGCAGUUUUCUUGAAUGAAUUUACAAAGCAAGUGAAAAUAUAAGAAUAGAAUGUUAAGCCAAUCGAGUAUAAGUAGGCAGCCAUGGAUCUCAUGACCACCUUUAAAUAAUUUACGGUAUCAAAUAGUUAAUUAUUGUUUAAGUCUUCGAGUUAACUCAGAUCCACUCAUUAAUUAUCAAGGGGUAUUUCUAAUUUUCCAGGCAAUAGAUCACUAAUUUAGAAUGUGAGAUAGGGCAUUCUUAGAAAUCUGAAAUUAAAUAAGAAGAUUACAAAGAUAAUAGUGCCAUAAAAAUCAUAAUUGGAAUUGGACAAUCUUGAUUUUUUGAAGGAUUAAUAGUUAAAUACAAAUAAACCAUAAUUCAACGAAAACGAGAAUGAUGAAUUAUUGCAUCAGCCUUAAGCUAUCUAAUAAAGAUCAAGAGAUUUAAGCAUUCAAGUCGAUUAAAAUGUUGUAACCAGUCAACAAUAAAUUCAAACUAAGGUGUAGAUGAUGAAAACAAUGUAUGUAUUUAAUGUGGAUAAUUAAUUUCGUUUGCAUGUACAGAUGAUUAUAAACUCGAGAAUAUUUAAAAUAUUGGGAUUUAUUGCUGUUGGAUUAUCAGCUAUUAGGACUAUGUUAGUAACUCCAUUGUUAGAUCCUCAUUCUGAACUGUAUGCAAGUUUAGACAUAUUAUAUAUAAUAAUAACGAGUUUGUAUUGUCUUUUUAUAUUUCUACAUAUUGUGGCACAUGGAUUGUAUGGGAAUUCAAAUGCUUUUUUAACACAAUCUUUUUAUAAUGUCCUAAAUUUUGUGAUAACUAUUAUUGAAAUUGUUGUUGUAACAACAUCUACUCGAAAUCAUGUUAUUAACUUUAUUUCAAGUCUUAGAGUGUUUGAAUUUAUAAAAUUAGGAGCAGAAAUUGCCCAUAGCAUAAAAUAUGCCUAAAUAGCUUUGGUUAAUGCAUUAGUAAAGAUGGUUUAAUUAAGCAUAUUUUGCUUUAUACUUUUCUUAGUAUAUGGAACAUUUGCUAUGAAACUUCUAAAAGGAUAGAACUAUUAUUGUACAGAAGUAGACCAAGAAGAAAAUGAGGUGCAUUCAAACAUUGAUUGUAUGGACUAUGGUGGCUCUUGGCAGAAACAUAGAUUGGGCUUUGAUAAUAUUUUGGAUAGUGCAUUGACUCUAUUCGUAAUCGUUACAUCUGAAGGUUGGUCACCUAUUAUGGAAUAAAUUUGGUCAAUAAGGGGAGAGAAUCAAACUCCAGAAGAGAAUUAUAAUAGGUAUUGGGCGAUUUACUUUUAGGUGUUCUUUUUUAUUGGAAAUACAUGCAUGCUCAAUAUGUUUAUAGGUUUAGUCGUAAGCACAUAUGAUGAAUCUAAAUUGAAGGCAGAAGGGACAUUUGAAUUGGAAGGCAAUCAAAGAGAAUGGUUUGAUAUUAAAAAAUCAAUCCAUAAACUAUAACCAAAAGUAAAGUCAAGAAGACCAAAGGCAUUUCUUAGAAAGAUAGCUUUCUUUUUAGUUAAGAAUGUAAAUUUAAAGAAAAUUUACUUGGUUGUUAUUUUCAUUAAUACAUUAUCUUUAAGUCUUUGUUAUGUGAAUCAAGAUGCUCAAUAUAAGAAUAGUUUAGAAAUCAUUAAUUUUGUUUGUAUUCUGAUUUUUAUUUUUGAAAUUGUUUCUAGAUUUAUCGCCAAAGAUUUUAAAAUCUAUUGCAAAGAGUUGAUAAGUAUAAUAGAAAUUAUUGGAAUUUGGAUUUGUUUGGUUGAAAAAAUAAUAGAUUUAAAUGGAGUCGGAGAAUUCUACUUUUUGCGUUGUUUUAAGGCACUUUCUGUGGCGAUUUAAAUGUUGAGAAAUUUCAGAAUUAUUAAGUAAAAAUCAUAUUAUUUAUAUUAAGACGUUUCAACUAAAUAGAGAGAUUAUUUCACUCGAUCUUCUCAGUUAUACCUAAUGCAUUAUCUAUGCUAUAUAUUAUGUUUGUAUUUCUGUUUAUCUAUACGAGUCUUGGAAUUGACAUAUUUUGCUAUUUAAGGCCAUAAAAAUAUAUUGAUGAUUUUGAUGUACAUUUUCGAAAAUUUACAACUGCUAUGUUUUCAUUAGUUAGAGUUGCAAGUUCAGAAUUAUGGUGGGAAUUGUUGGUAGAUGCAUUGCAUACUAGAAGUCCUGAUUUUGCUUGUAUUGAGAUUGACGACUACUAAGACUUCUUAGUCUAUGGAUAUAAUGGAUGCGGUACAACUAUCGCUUACGUUUACUUCAUAACAUUUCAUUUGAUAUUUUCUUUGGUUUUACUAAACUUAUUUAUUGCUUCGAUUUUGGGUGCUUAUGAAGAGCAUGCUAAGUAGGAGCAGAAUGCCAUAUCGAAAUAUCAAUUGAAUGAUGUAUUGUCUUAUUGGGUAGAGUAUGAUCCAUAUGGAACCGGUUUUUUAAAUUACAAAUAAUUUUGGAGACUUUCUUCGCAAAUUGCGAUAUGUUUUGGAGUUAGCGGGAAGGAUUUGCUGAACCCAGCAAAUAAGAAGAACUUUUUAAAGGCACUCAAUAUUCCCUUGUAUGAGGAGAAGAAUGGAUUGAUGGGGUAUUUGUUCCAUGAUGUGAUUGUGUCUCUUACGAAAAUCAGUGUUGAAUUAAAAUAUGGAGUCAAGGAGUAAUGAAUAUUAUAAUAAAAUAGUUUGGAGAAGAAAAAUUAAUUAGAGAAUGAGUUUCAUCAUGAUUAUUAUCGCCAAUUUUCUAAGACUCCCUACAAUAGUGGACAAAUGACAGCCAUAAUAUAUUUACAGAACAAGGCAAGAACUCUAAUUAAUAAAAAAAGAGGGAUAAACUUUUUAAAUAUUGAGGCUUUAAGAUAAGAAUUAUAACAAUAAGCUGAAAAUUAAUGA